UUUCAUAAGUUGCAGUAUCCAUAAAACUUCCAAACCCUCCAAUCAAAAGCUUACAGCCUUCUUCUCCUGUUUCUCUUUCCAGGUUCCUUUCUUUCCCCACAACAAAGGUUUUUGGCAGAAAUUUAGAUUCAUUCCUUGAAGCUUGCUAAUUGGCUUUCUCCUUGUUUUUUGCUUUUCUUCCUAUUCUACUCCAUCUUAGAGUCAUAUACCUUUUCCUUUCUCCUUUUGUCUUUGUUGCUCAGCCCUCAAGGAAAAGGAAGAAAGAAGAGAUCUUUCCCCAGCUCUUGUUUCCUGCUUUCCUUUUCAGUUUACAGUUUUUCCCAAUUGGAUUGUUAAAUUUUCAGCCUUUCUGGGUUGCCUCCUCAGUUUAAUGCUCAGACUGUGUGUUUCUUGUACUUUCCUAAUUGGGUAUGUAUGGAGGAAUUGAAGCUUAGGCUUAGUUAGUUCUCAGGCAGAAGAUUUAAAUAUAGUAUUUCUUUGAGAAUCAUUUUUGGAUCUCAGUUGGAUUCUAACUUAGGGUCGCUAUUGUUUUUUUCUUUCACUGUUAUUAUUGUUUUUUUGUUCAAAGGGAGAGGCUUUUCUAGAUUCCUCAGGGUUUGUCUAUACACAAAAAGCUAUUCUGAUUCCUUCCAAAUGCUACUUGAUUUAAUACUGAUAUUUGCAUUUUGAAAUCUCUACGUCUCUGCAUUUCCUCUCAGGGUGUUCUUCCUUCCUUGCCCUGUUUUUUCUGCAGUUUCAUAUUUUGAGGAAAUUAUUGAGUUGUGAAUCUGUUCGAAUCGCAGUUUGAUGCGAUGAAGUGGGAAAUGGAAAUUCUAUCACCAUCAUCAUAUGUUUCGAGAGCGAAUUGGCUUAUAGAAGAGAGCAAAAGCACGGAUUGGACACCGGAGGAGAACAAGGUGUUCGAGAAUGCUUUGGCAGUUUACGAUAAGGAAACUCCCGAUCGGUGGCAGAAAGUGGCGGCAAUGAUUCCAGGGAAGACGGCAGCAGAUGUGCAGAAGCAGUACAGGGAAUUGGAAGCGGAUGUUAGCAGAAUAGAAGCAGGGUUGUUUCCAAUGCCUGGUUACACUACUUCAUCGUUCACAUUGGACUGGGUGAACUGCCAUGGCUAUGAUGGGUUCAAACAGUCCUAUGGCUUCGCCGGAAAGAGAUCUUCAUCAGGUAGGCCCCUGGAGCAUGAAAGGAAGAAAGGGGUUCCAUGGACAGAGGAGGAACACAAAUUGUUUCUGAUGGGGCUCAAAAAGUAUGGCAAAGGGGAUUGGAGAAAUAUUUCCCGAAACUUUGUGGUUACCAGAACGCCGACUCAGGUGGCUAGUCAUGCUCAGAAGUACUUCAUCCGGCAGCUCUCCUGCGGGAAGGACAAGAGAAGAGCCAGUAUUCAUGACAUAACUACCGUCAAUCUCAACGACACAAGAACAACUCCUUCACCGGACAACAAGACACCUUCACCGGAGCUUCCUCAAUCCACAGCCGGAGCAACCGUAUCCCGGACACAUUUCCAAUGGAACCAACCUGGGAAUGGAGGGACAAUGACUUUUGAUUCGACACAAGGAAAUUUGAUGGUUUCCCCUCGAUACGGUGUUCAUUCUUAUGGACUAAAAAUGCAGGGGCAGAGUCUGAACAGAGGUGCUGCUCAUGAAUCAUAUUAUGGAACUCAAAAUCUGGUUUUCCAAACUCAACCAGUCCAGCAGUAUCAUCAUGGAUGAAAUUUUCAUAAAUCUUCCAUUUCCACGGCUUGAAAAACCAUGAAUUCGUCUUCUUUUGGUCCUCUACUAGUAUAGUUCUGUUCCGCUUUUCGAUUGCCGUGUGAAAUAUGUUAUCAGCAACUUCAGUCCAAAUUAGAUGGAAUCAUGUGGGGGGUGGGGAAUUGGAUUUUGUUUUUGUUGGAAUUUCGAACCCUGGAAAGUGAAACUUAAGAGGGCAGAUUCCAAUUCCCAAACAGAGAUUUUCCUUGUAUUUUAGAUUCUGUAACACAGUCCUAACCAUCCCCUCAACCACUUGUCCUGCUUUAUGUUAGAGCUUAUCUAGAGACAUGUAUAUGCAGCAUAAGAUUGAAAUGGUUCCCCUGAGAUAAGAUUAGAGUGCAGGAAUUCCAAGAUAAUGCAGAGAAUGUAAUAAAGCAGCAACAAGAAAAUCAUCCUUAAUCAAGAUUUAGGAAAUCUUAGAGACUUGUCUUUUGGAAAGAACAUUCUGAAUGUUGAUGCAAACAAGGCUCAUAAACUCAAUGACCAUAAAAUGUACUUUUAGAU